AUGGAGGAAUCAAUUACUAGCGGACCAAGUCAACAAUGGCCCUCCGCACCUGUAUAUGAUUUCGAACAGAAUCCGAGAUAUGUAUCAAGUAUAAACGCGGAUGAACAUGAAGAAGAUGUAAGAGGCAACUUUUGGAGAUCAGCAAGAUGGUGUCCAGAUGGAUCUGCCAUUCUAUCUACAACGGAAGAUAGAUCAAUCCGUAUUCAUACUACGAAUGAGGAUUUCUCCUUGUCUACUAAAACAUUUAAUCAACCAGAUUCCAUACAUUCUACCCUUUGGUAUCCAUCAGCAACAACACAUACACCAGAGACGUUCUGCUUCCUAGCUUCUGUUCGAGAUACCCCUGUGAGACUUAUAGACGGGAAUGAUGGCCGCGUAAGAGCAAGCUACCCAAUUGUCGAUCACAGAGAAAGAUUCAUCGGUCCUCAUAGUUUAGCGUUCAAUUCAACGGCCACAAAGUUGUAUUGUGGAUACGAGAAUGCUAUUGAAGUGUUCGAUGUGGCAUCACCUGGCUAUGACCAAGGUGAAAGAUUGAAAUUGGUUUAUGCCAAAAAAGAAAAAGGUGGACAAAAAGGCAUCAUCUCAGCGAUAUCGUUUUGCCCUGAUUAUUCUGGGACUUUUGCAGCAGGAAGUUUUUCAGGUUCAGUUUCGCUUUAUUCAGAAGACACAGGUUCGACACCUGUAUCACAUGUUGAGGGCGUACAAGGAGGAGGAGUUACUCAAAUCGGCUGGCACCCUCUGAACCCAACGAUAAUGUUCAUUGCAUCAAGACGUUCUUCCCAAAUACAGAUAUACGAUACCCGGGAUCUCUCCGCACCGUUAAGCUCGUUUACAAGAGAUAAUUCAACCAAUCAGAGAAUGGCAUUUGAUCUGGAUCCUUGGGGAAGAUGGCUCUCUUCGGGCGAUGAGUUUGGAACCAUCAAGGUCUGGGAUAUCACCACAAUGGAUCCGAUACCCAUCUUCGAAGAAAAUCUUCACAGAGAUGCCGUCGGAUCAGUUCAAUUUCAUCCUUACCAAUCUCUCUUGCUCACUUGCUCGGGAUCAAGAAAGCACCUAACGAACAGACAUCAUUUGUCCGACGACGAAAGCUCUACCAGUGGAUCGGACGACGAAACAGAUUCCAAUGAAGACGACGAUUCAAUCAACGCAAUCCAUCAAGCAGUGACGAGGACACCGCCAAAACCUCUCGAUGCCACCUUGCGUAUAUGGUCCGUAUCGCCUUCCUCAAAGUCAUCAAACCUGGAACAGUCAUUCGAAUCACACGCAAUAACGCAGGCCGAAGCAGUUAUAACAUCUUCAUUGCAGACGACACCAACGUCACCAACGCCGACUUCAUAA